UCUACUUUCGGAUUAUUGCUCGUCUUGAGUGAAGCGUGCUAUAUGUCCCCUCUCAAUUUUUUUGUUUUGUUCAGAGGGUGUGUUUUUAUUGAUGCUUGUAUCGGGGAAGGCGAGCUGUACGUACGCUUUGAUUUGAAUACAACAUUUCUUACGUAACGUGCGCUAUUGUUGGAUUUGACGCUUUUUAAAUGAAACUUGUAAGAUUUAUGAACAAUCGCGUACCAUCUAAUAAGAGAUACCAGCCAACAGAAUAUGAACAUGCUGCUAACUGCGCCACACAUGCACUCUGGAUCAUUCCCAGUAUUGUGGGUGGGGUCUUGUUGUACUUUUUAUCUGAUGACCACUGGGAGGAGAUUUCAGCAUGGCUUUAUGGGGCAGGGCUAUCAAGCCUAUUCAUCAUAUCCACAGUGUUCCACACAGUCUCCUGGAAAAAGAGUCAUCUCCGAUCGGUUGAACACUGCUUCCACAUGUGCGACAGAAUGGUGAUCUAUUUCUUCAUCGCUGCAUCCUACACACCUUGGCUUACACUGCGGGAGCUUGGUCCAUGGGCUUCCCACAUGCGUUGGGUUGUCUGGGUGAUGGCCUCUGGAGGAACUUCCUACGUAUUCUUCUUUCAUGAGAGGUUUAAAGUUAUAGAGCUGAUUUGUUACCUAGCAAUGGGCAUUUUUCCAGCCCUUGUCAUCCUCUCUAUGACAGACAGAUCAGGUCUGUGUGAGCUGGUAGCUGGUGGUGGAUGUUACAUAUUAGGCAUGGUGUUCUUUAAAAGCGAUGGAAUAGUUCCCUUUGCUCACGCUAUAUGGCACAUCUUUGUUGCCAUGGGAGCAGGCAUCCAUUACUACGCCAUCUGGAAGUACCUGUACACACCUGUCAAUCAACCAACUAGUAUGGCCCGGUGACACACACAUGCAUACAACCACAAAAUCAUUGUAGAUUUUCCAGUAGAAACUAAAUUGCUAAAAAAAAUUACUACUGCAGAAACAAUAUGAUUUAAUUUAUAAUGACAGAUAAUUUUUUUUUUUUUUUCUGUUCUUUUUGCUAGCCAACAGUUUGACCAAUAUUUUUAAGACUCAUUAAUAGGUCUGUAACUAGCACAUACAACAAAAAUUGCAACUUUGUGAGACUACAUACAGCAGGGGUCAUUUUUGACCAGAUGCCAUGUGUAAUCCAGACAGAUCCAGAGCACGAGUGUUUCUGGAAAAUUCUUUGGACGUAUUGAAGUUUACAGUUUUUUAUAGGUACUACUGAGAAAAUGUAAAAUCACUGCCAGAUAUUUGUAAAAGUACUGUAGAGACUACAGUUAAAGGGUAUUUCUGUAGUAUUUUUAAACUUGGGAUUAUUCCGCUUAUUUUCUGCCACUGCCAAUGGGGGGGAUAUUCUUGCUUCUGUCCAUAACAGAAAAGGAAUAAGUUUUUUAUUACUGUAAACCCCGAACACUAACAAAACUCUAGGCUUUAACUGGCUAUGGUUAUAGUGUAUAGAGUGAAAUACUGUCACAUUUCUGGAUGUGUUAUAUCUUUGGGAAGUGCCACAAGUGCUUGAUGACAAUGUCCAGGCAAAUCUUUGCCCAGACAGCUUGUCUGAUUUCAUGGCUUAAAUAAUAGGAUCAUCGUUUUUCAACCCAUACCAUAUUAAACUGGUCUUGAUUGAGUAUAAGGAGACUUGCAUUGGAAUUUCAACAAAUGCCCAUUUUACUGUGUUUAAAAAGUGUUUUUCUCUAUCCUACAGCAAUGCGUUAUGGGUGAUUAUAUAAUUUAUCUAAUACAGUACUGUGCAAAAUUUUUAGGCACUUGUGAAAAAUGUUGUAUAGUGAAAAUAUUUUCAAAGGUAAUGCCAUAAAUAGUUUUGAUUGAUCAGUUAACAUCGUACAAAGUGCAGUAAACAUAAAAAAGCUAAAUUAAUAUUUUGUGUGACCACCCUUGUCAUCAAAACAACACCAAUUCUCCUGGGUACACCUGGACACAGUUUUUUAAGGUUCUUGGCAGAUAGGAUGUUUCAAGCAUCUUGGAUAAUUCGCCACUGAUCUUCUGUGUGUUUAGGCUGUCUCAAUUACUUCUUUGGGUUAUGGGUUAAAAAAAAAAACAAAGAUCCACUAAAAAUUGUCAGCUGUUUGCCUUCAUCAUUUAAAGGUUUUGCAAACAGGAGUAGAAAUUAAAUUUUGACAGAAUACUGAUCACGUCUGCACUUAUGAUAAACCUCCAAAAGUCAUUAAAGGACAAGUUCACUCAAAAAUAAAAAUUAUGUUAUCAUUAAAUCACCCAUAUGUCAUUCCAGACCCAUGUUUAUGUCCAGCCUGAUCUCAUGAACUUUACCACUACCAUGGCAACAUUUUUGCAAAGUGAAAUUAUGUGCUUCAGUACAUGGUUUGCUGCAGUUUCCCAGUUAAAUGUCCAGUGGGGGCGCCAAAAGCGAGUGAAAUGGUGUCGUAAUUGGAGGUUUUAAUGAGUAAAAUUUACCUCCAUAACCUAAAACUUUUAGCUAAACAUAACCAAUAGUGUUCUUAAAGCAACUGAGUGGUAAACAAAACAGACAUCCUUACUCUAAAUCAACACCUGGACCCAAGCGAUAGUGUUCUAUAAAAGCAAAUGCAACAUGAAAAGGACAUUUUCUGAAGCAACCACACCAUUUCGUGUUGCCUCUAUGAGACUUCCAUCUCACGUGUCAGCUUGCAUGUUUGUCUGGUCUCGAUCUGCGGACUUCCGAGUCCAACUCUAUCAGGGGAGCUACCGCGGAAGCUAAUCACAUUGGAAUAUGUGUGUAAAUGUUGCUGGGUCUGUAAUACAAGCAUUAAAAUGUAUCAUUUUUUAAAUGAUGCGUUAUAAUAAGUAGUUUGAUAUCAUAACAUAGCAUUGUGUGAGUAAUAGUGUGAAAAAUAAGAGUUUAUAAAGUCAUAAUCAGCUGUUGCACUCAUGAUUUGUGUGAAAUUGAAUAAAACACAGUUGUUGUAAAGCCUCUAGUUUUAAUUUCACCAGGAAACUGUGAUAAAACAUGGAAUGAGGCAUGUAAAAGUCAGUUUUCAAAAAUGUAGUUAUAGUAACAUUCAUUCUAUGAGACUAGAUUUUUUUUUUCUCUGUGUAACACAAAAUUGGAUGUUUAGCAGAAUGUCCAGUCUGUUCUUUUACACUGAAUAAAAGUGGAUGGGCACUGGGGCUGUUGAGCUUCAAAAAUAACCAAAAAAGCCAAAUAAAAGAAACAUAAAUUAAUAUAUCUCCAUUUGUGUUCCAAAGAAAAUGGGUUUGGAAUGACAAAAGCGUGAGUAUAUUAUACUUUCAUUUUAAUUCUUGUGCGAACUGUCACUUAAUGUUGGAUGGGGGCGGAAACCUACUCCGGGAGAGAUAUAAUAUGCAUUAGUUUUAGUAUCAUUUCAGCUUCGUUGUUUAACGCUGUUCAAGACUGAAAGUUUGUCCAUUAGCCAUCUGUUAUUGGACCGAUCAGCCAAAGCUUUUGCUCUCAGGGUUACCUCACUUGCUGGUUCCAUUAACAUUUCUUAAACAUUCCAUUUUUGUUGUGCUCUCUCAGGCCAUACAUAUUUCAAUAAAUGUUUAACCAUUAAAUACAUUUGAAAAAUGUAGUUAACUUGUAUUUUAUUUAAAUAACAAAAAAUCUGUCAUCAGGGCAAAGAGUUGAUCAGGUCAAGGCUAUUGUCUGCAGUUUCUAAACUAAAGUACAUUAAACAAGUAUUUAAAUUUGUAUGGCCUUCAUAUAAGAAUGACAAACUCUUAAUGGUAACUGGACCUCAUGUAUCAACAUUUUCUUAAUGUGUAUUUAUUAUUGCUUUACAUCUAAAAUGAACUAAUAUUUAAUGUAUUAUGAAUAGAGAAUGUGUCUGAUCAAUAGCGGUUUCAAGUAUCAUGUAAUCUAUGUGUACACACAAACAUAUACAGUAUGUACAGUACAUAGUCACAAAUGUGUAAUAAUGUUGAUAUUUUGUUGAUAUUUAGGAUAAUUUCACUUGGCAUAUGGAUAUGACGAACACUUUGUAGAUUUUUUUUUAUAUUUAAUUACUUUUUAAUAUGAAUUAUUUACACCAGAUUAUAAUUGGUAUACAGCUUUCUGAUAUUAUAACGUUAAAUAUAGAACAAGAAGCAUACAGUAUUUGAUUUUAAUUUUGAUUUUAAAAUUGAUUUAGUGUAUCAUACAAUUGUUAAAGGAAUAUUCUGGGUUCAAUACAAGUUAAGCUCAGUCAACAGCAUUUGUCGCAUUGUGUUGAUUACCACAAAAAUUCAUUUCGACUCGUCCCUGCUUUUUUUUUAAAAAAAAAAAGCAAAAAUGGAUGUUACAGUGAAGUAAUUAAAACGGAAGUGAAUGGAGCCAAUUUGUGGAGGGUUUAAAAGCAGAAAUGUGAACCUUGUAAUUUAAUAAAAGCACUUACAAUCAUAAAACAAAUUAAUAAAAAAAAUAUUUUGAGUGCAUUAAGUAUUGAGAUUUGUUUGAAUAAGUAUUGUGUAUUUAUUUGUAGACUGCUUUUUCUCUCUUUAUUUAUCUUUGUUUGGUGCAUUCUUGUUCUUGACAAAUUUGUUUACUUGUUACUGUCUUUAACCCAGUUGCUGCAUUAUGAAUGGGCAGUUCCUACUGGUAAAGUUUACACUCCAUUAUACAGCUUUUACUGUCACUCAGCCUGAAGUUAAUGUAAAUUUAGAUUUUUCUAUUGACCUUGAAUUUAGUAUAACCACAGAAUAUAUUGAAACUCAUAUGAUGCUUAAGGAGUUGUUGGUUUUUCAGUGGCAUGGAUGCAAACUGAAUAACUGUGAAUGUACUGUAAAUACACUGAUCAGCCACAACAUUAAAACCACCUGCCUAAUAUUGUGUAGGUCCCCCUCGUGCCGCCAAAACAGUGCCAACCCGCUUCUCAGAA